AUGUCUCAAUCCAAAUGUGAUGAAACUGAUAAAAUGUUAGAUGCUUAUAUCUACGAUUACCUCGUGAAGAAUCAAUUGUAUGAAACUGCGAGAUUUUUUCACGACGAAGCUGCGGUUGUUCCCAAUGUUGUUAGGUAUGCACCUGAUGGUUUUCUCUUUGAGUGGUGGUCUGUUUUUUGGGAGUUAUUUAUGGCUAAGAGAGGUCUGUCACACUCAGAAUCAGCGGCGUCUUACCUUAAGGCUCAGGGAAUGCGGAAGCAAGAAGAGAAAAGGAGAGUCCUGUUCGUAUCACGUAGACCUGCUCAGAAGCAGCAAUAUGGGGCUGAAGCUCAAGUUUUUAAUCACAAUGUUCUCUGUCCCAUAAAGAAUGGUCCUUUGGUGAGGCAGAACCAGGUAAUUUCCAAUGCAACAAAACGAAAUAGGGACAUGUUGAAGCCUCCCCUCCACGGAAAUACUUUAGAUGGCAUGAGAAUUAAGAAAAUGAAAACUAAUAACACUGGUCAGAUUCCGAUCAAGCAUUGUGCCUUGUUUAACACUAUAACAGCAAUGUCUGCCAGACAGACUUCAAGACAAACAUUCCGCAGUGCAUUUAGCAUUUUAAAAGAGAAUCUUCAACAAGAUCUAAAUCAGAACCAGCAACUUCCAGGGUCUAUACAAGGCAUGGCCAGUAAUAUGAGUCCAAUGAAGGGCCCCCGCACAUUUAUCUAUAUUAAUCAUGGUGGGGGCAAUUUAACACGGAAAAGGCGGCCUUUAGCAGGUCUGGAUCAGCUCCACUCAGAACUUCUCCAGGAGGAUAAUUUGACGCUGUGUUCACAAUCUUCCAAUCAAUUUUCACCACAGCAGCAACUUAUGCUUCAGGCACAACAGGAUUUGGUUAAUCUGUUUCUCUGUGGUUUUGUUGGCAAAAGACUAAGGGUGCUUCUAAAUAAUCAAAAUAUUGUUCCAGGGAAAGAUGGCCAAUCAAAUUAUGUUGCUGAUUCAAUUCCCAAUAUUGUAACACCUGCACCAAUUGGUUUCUCUCAAUUGCCUUAUCUUGCCAAUAUCUCUGGAACUGCAAACACAACAGGACAGUCUUUUUGUUCACAACCAUCAAUGCAGACACCACUGCCAACUUGGCAACAGUAUGAUUUGAGCUCACCUGCGUCAACACAGACUCAAUUGGAUGAUAUGGAUCAUCACAAGAGUGAUAUAUCUGUGGGUGACAAUUUUGAGGCAUUAUCAUCUCUUGCUGAUGCAGACCAAAAAGGACAAGUUGACAAAGGAUUCUCAUUUAUGGAGAUCAAGCAUGGAAUGGCUAGUUCACAUAAAGUUAAUUGUUGUCACUUCUCCUUGGAUGGAAAACUACUUGUUACGGGUGGUCAUGAUAACAAGGCUUCUCUUUGGUGCACAGAAUCGUUUAACCUGAAAUCUACAUUUCACGGGCACACUAAAUGGAUAACUGAUGUUAGAUUUUCCCCAAGCAUGUUGUUUGUUGCUACGUCCUCAGCUGACAAAACUGUAAAGGUUUGGAGUGUUAAUAAUCCUACUCAUUCUAUUCGGACAUUUAUGGGGCAUACAAGAACUGUGAUGUCACUAGACUUUCACCCAAAUAAAGAUGACCUUAUUUGCUCUUGUGAUAAAAGGGAAAUAAGAUAUUGGAGUAUUGAAAAUGGUAGUUGUGUUGGGGUUUUUGAGGGUGGUGCAACUCAGGUGAGAUUUCAACCUGGUUUGGGAAAGCUUCUUGCAGCAGCAGUAAAUAAUCUAAUACUCAUUCUUGACGCAGAAACUCUGAGUUGCAGAAUUAAAUUGGAGGGCCACAAUAGCAUUGUUCAUUCUGUGUGCUGGCACUCGUCUGGCAGAUAUCUGGCCUCUGUUAGUGAUGAUCUCGUGAGAAUCUGGGACAUUGGAGCCAAUGACAGUGAGGUGUGUAUUCAUGAACUGAAUACAGCUGGGUCUGAUGACAAAUUCAAGAGCUGUGUUUUUCAUCCCAUUUAUCAUGUUCUGGUCCUUAGCCGCGACAAGACUCUUAUGCUGUGGGAUUAUAUAGCGAGAAAUGUAAUGUUUCUGCGUGGACACGACAAGCUUGUAUCUGCCUUGGCAGUAUCCAAUGUUACUGGAUUGGUGGCUUCAGUCAGUCACGACCAACAUUUCAAAAUCUGGAUGUGA